UCCUCACACCAUGAAGAUGCUGAAGAAUAACGGACACACAGUUGAGUGUGAGCUGAAGGCAGGAGCAGUGGGAGUUCGAGGAGGAGGUCUGAAGCACAAAUACACCGUCCUGCAGUUCCACUUCCACUGGGGUGGAGAGGACCUGGUGAAUCAUCCGGGAUCCGAGCACUCUCUGAAUGGACACAGAUCACCUCUAGAAAUGCACAUUGUCAGCCAGAGAAGUGAUCUUAAUGACAGCACUGCAGCAAAAGUUCAAGAUGGCUUUGCUGUGAUGGGCUUCUUUAUUGAGAGCAGCGAAAAGGAAAAAGAAAAGCAAAAGGAGAUGUCACAAGUCUGGAAAAGCUUCACCGAUUAUCUCCAAAAAAUACCAAGAAAGGGAGACAAAGUCAGAAUUUUGGAGCCCUUUUCUAUGCAUCAGCUCUUAAAAGGGGUUGAUCUCAGCAAGUACUACCGCUACAACGGCUCACUGACCACCCCUCCCUGUGAUGAAGCUGUGGUUUGGACCAUCUUUAAGGACCCAAUUAGAAUCAGCAAAGAUCUGCUGCUCAGAUUCCCAACAAAAAUGUCUUUUGACAACGUGUAUCGGCCACAGCAACCGCUGAACAAUCGUGUGGUCUAUUCUUCCACUGCUCUCACCGCAGGUCACACAGGAACAACUGAGCACAUCCUACAGCACCCGACCAAUCAGGGGCCCUAAUCCGAAAAUUAUGCACA